ACGGGGAAAAGAAAGAAAGAAAGGGAGGGAGGAAUGGGGGUUUCUGUACUGUCUUCACUUGUCCCCCCACCCAACAAAAUCUCUCUCUUCUUCUUUUCUCUCUCUCUUUCUGUAUAAUAUAAGUAAGCAGUGUUAAGCCAAAACGGCACUUCCCCAUUGGCUUUUUCUGCCUUUUGUUUUCUGGUGGCUUGCAAUUCAAUUGUCUAUUAUGUCUGCUAUUUCUGCUCCCUCUAUUCAGAACUGCUGCAAAUGGAGGAGAUGUAUGUGAUGAGAAUUGAGAACCAGGAGAGAAGAAGAUGAAGAAGAAUCAUGCUUUGAUGAAAUUGAAUUCCUUGUUAUUUUUAAUUAUACUCUUUCACUGUUUUCUCUUUUAGCGCCCUACCCAUCUCCUUCUUCUUUCUUCUCCCAACAUGUCAAUCACCAAUUUCUUACCUUUCUCCUCCUCCUCCUCCUCCUCCCCUGUUCUUGCUUUCUUGACAACCAACCCCCCUUUAAACCCUAUUCAGCUCUUGCCAUGAUUUAACUUCAUUCUACUGGUUUUUAUAUGUUAUUCUCUUUAUGGGUUUCUUCAAUUAAGCACUUGAUUGAUUGCUCUGCUAGGUUCACUUUAAAUCAUCUCUCUGAAAUAGAUAGACAAAUCGGUUGGUCUUCAUGGAAAUUGACCUGAACAAUGAUGCGGGUGAGGUGGAAAAGAAUGCAUGUGGUGCUGCUGCUGAGGGAUUUGGGUCUUCAUCAAAUUCGUCUUCACCAUUAGGAGCUGCUGCAAAUUCGUCUUCAAUUUAUAAGGAGCUUUGGCAUGCCUGUGCUGGUCCACUCACUUCCCUGCCCAAGAAGGGAAAUGUGGUUGUCUACUUCCCACAAGGCCAUUUAGAACAAUUCUCCUCUGUUCCACCCAAUUUCGGGUUUUCUCCUCAAAUCUGCUGCAAAGUUGUAGACGUUCAACUACUUGCCAAUAAGGACAAUGAUGAGGUCUAUACUCAACUCACUUUGCUCCCCUUACCAGAGUCAGAAGAAAGAAUAGAAUUGGAUGGAAAAGAAAAUGGAGAAACAGAAGAGGAAGACGAAGGGGGGAGUGGGAUUAUUAUUACAUCAGAAAUCAUAGCACCUCCUCAUAUGUUCUGCAAGACACUCACUGCUUCUGAUACAAGCACCCAUGGAGGAUUCUCUGUUCCUCGUCGAGCAGCUGAAGACUGUUUUCCUCCCUUGGACUACAAACAGCAAAGACCCUCUCAGGAGCUUGUUGCCAAGGACUUGCACGGAAUUGAGUGGAAGUUUCGUCACAUUUAUAGAGGCCAACCGAGGCGACAUCUUCUUACAACCGGUUGGAGCAUUUUCGUUGGCCAAAAGAAUCUUGUUUCAGGCGAUGCUGUUCUUUUCCUCAGAGGCGAUGGUGGAGAGCUGAGGCUGGGAAUUAGGAGAGCUGUUCGUCCUCGUAAUGGUCUUCCUGAUUACAUUGUUAACAAUCAGAGUACUAACAAUCUUCUUUCACUGGCUGCAACUGCUGUUUCUUCCAACACCACUUUCAAUGUUUUCUACAGUCCAAGAGCCGGGCAUGCAUCCUAUGUCAUUCCGUAUCAUAAGUAUGUCAAAAGCAUAAGCCACCAUAUACCAAUUGGGUUGAGAUUCAAAGUGAAAUUUGAUGUAGAUGAUUCUACAGACAGAAGGUGCAGUGGAGUGGUGAUGGGUGUGGGUGAUCUGGAUCCUUACAGAUGGCCUAACUCGAAAUGGAGAUGCUUGAUGGUGAGAUGGGAUGAAGAGAUUAUGAGCGAUCGACAAGAGAGAAUUUCUCCAUGGGAGAUUGAUCCUUCUAUUUCUCUCCCACCCUUAAGCUCUCACUCGUCUUCUUCCUCCCCAAGGCUAAUGAAGAAACUUCGAGCUGGAAUGCAAACAACUGCUCUUCCAGAUAACACUGUUUCUGUUAAUGCUGCUGCUGCUGGCAGUUUUUUGGACUUUGAGGAGUCGUCGGUUAGACCCUCUCAGGUCUUGCAAGGUCAAGAAAAUGCAGGUUUGAUAUCACCUCUUUAUGGAUGUGAUAAAAUGAGCCGCCACCGCCCUUUGGGCGUUGAGAUGAUGCAUAAUCAUCAUCAACAACCCAUUGUGCGACAGAACCACCACAAUGUGGUGGCGGAUCAAGGGAAUGUGAAAUAUGGAGAAUUCCUCAAGAAUCAUCAUCAUCGUCAAUCCUCCACCCCGUUUGCCGGCUUUAUGGAAUCAACAAGAUUCCCAAAGGUCUUGCAAGGUCAAGAAAUAUGCUCUCUGAAAGCCCUGGCUGAUAAAAAUGAAUUCAAGCUUGGUCUUUGGGGAAGACCACCAGAAGUCGGUUCCAAUUUUUUCAAUGUCUACAAGAAUAACAAUGAUAAUAGUAGGCCCAAUUCGACUUUCUACCCUCUUGCUUCUGAAGGCAUGAGAAAUGGGUAUUUCCCAUAUAAUAAUAAUAAUGAUAUCUACAAAGCUGGUGGGGGAGAUCCUUUGAUGCUUUCUCGUAUGAUAAACUUUGGAAGUCGGCAGAAUGUUCCAUUUAUCGGGUCUAGCGUUCAAGGCGAGAUAAUAAAACCAAAUGAAGUGGCCUUUCCCACUUCAACUAUGGAAAUUCUUAAAAAUGGUGAAACUGCUGAUGCCCAUGGUAGCAGCCAGGAAGGUGGUGGUGGUUGCAAGCUAUUUGGUUUUUCGUUGACUGGUGGUGAAACUCCCAACUCUCAAAGCUCUAACAAAAGGAGCUGCACAAAGGUCCACAAACAAGGAAACCUGGUUGGUCGGGCUAUUGAUCUGUCUAGACUCAAUAGUUAUAGUGAUCUGUUGAUCGAGCUUGAAAGGUUGUUUGGUAUGGAUGGUCUUCUAUGUGAUCCCGAAAAAGGAUGGAGAAUCUUGUACACUGAUAGUGAGAACGACAUGAUGGUUGUUGGAGAUGAUCCUUGGAAUGAGUUCUGCAGUGUGGUGUCAAAGAUCCAUAUUCACACUCAAGAAGAGGUGGAUAAAAUGACCAUAGGAGUCGUCAUUAGUGACGACACCCAAAGCUGUCUGGAGGAAGCGCAAGGGGUCGUGGAUGUUUCGAAAUCGUCUGCCUGAUGACGACAGUAAAUUAAGGUUUGAUGAAUGAAUGCAGUAGUUUUAUGUAUGUUCUUGUUGUAUUUCAGAAACAUACAUCUGUUAUUGUGCUGCUAUCUGCUUGUAUGUUUGUGUGUUUGUGUGAUACUAUUGAAUCGAUGCUAUUAUCUAUGUAUGCAUGCAAAGACAUGGCUGUGUGUACCCUGUUUGGUUUGGGGAAACCAAUAAAUGCUUGUAUUUGGUUUUUUGUUAAGUUUUUCUCUUCUAUAUUUUGAUGAUU